AGUAUUUCUGUUAACUAUUAUGAGGACCAUAAACGCCAACCAAUCAAUAAAAAUCCCCGAAGGCAUUGAUGUCACGGUCAAUAAGAGGUUUAUAGUCGUGAAAGGCCCCCGUGGUUCAUUAGAAAGAAAUUUUAAACAUUUGGCUGUUGAUAUAUACCUGAAAACACCACGUUUGUUAACUGUCGAAAAAUGGUUUGGCACCAAGAAAGAAUUGGCUGCCGUCAGAACUAUCUGUACCCAUGUUGAAAACAUGAUAAAGGGUGUGACUAAAGGUUUCUUGUACAAACUGAGAGCUGUGUAUGCCCAUUUCCCAAUCAAUUGCGUUACUUCUGAAAACAAUUCACUCAUAGAAAUCAGAAAUUUCUUGGGUGAAAAAUAUAUUAGACGUGUCAAGAUGUCGCCAGGUGUAACCAUAACUAACUCUAAACUGAAAGACGAGUUAAUUGUAGAAGGAAAUGAUAUCGAAAGAGUUUCUAGAUCAG